GUGUGUGAGUGACUGAUAGCAGGUCAGUCACCUGGUGGCUACCCGCCCCGGGUGCAUUUUUGCCAGCAUGAUGCAUCGUCAAGCUCGGCCAGAUGUUCGUGGCACCCGGGCCGGCGCUUUGCGGCCGUACAACAGUCCUAGUUACACACAGAUGCACACCACCGACUGCGAUGAUAAUGUAGCAUUGAACUGUUUAUCGUGUUUCCGCCGAUAAGCACCUGGUUCACCAGAUAAUUUGUGCAGCAGUCAAGCCGCUGCAGCCGAACGUGCACCUUUUUUAGUAGACUGAAUUCACAUUUACUUUGCUACUGAGGGAAAACGGUUUUGCAGCACAGAGGGAGCAGGAAUAGCUCAUACACAAAAAAAAAAUACGUGACGAAAAUCAUUCCGUGGAAAGCAUUCAAGGAAACAAUAGGCAGGCUCUUGACAGUGCUGCAUGAACUAGAGUUAAAGGAAAAUGUGCAAUUUGCUGUCCCUAUCAGAAAGUUAGUGUCACUGGUCCCCCUGCUGUGAGGAACAAGGAGGCUUUGGGCUUCUUCGCCACUGGCUGGGCAAAGAUGUCCCCACUAUGCACCGGGCUCACCACAUAUUUUGUUUAAGGAGGCAAGACAAUCAGAAGUUCUUCUGCUUUGAAGCAGCUUCAAUUGAACUUGUUCGUUUUUGUAUUCCACCAAUUUCACAUUUUUUUUUAUUUUUUUAUUUUUUUUUGCCACUGAUGUGAAACUGUUCUUGCAGCACAAAACAAAGAAAGUAUGAAUAGUUUCAUGAAAAAUACACAGACACGUACAAACUUUGAAAGAGGGGAGCAUACAAGGAAACAGCUCCAAGGAUGGAUGAAUGUGAUAUAUUAAUGCAUUAACCAGAUUUAGGGAAAAUGUAGGGGGAGUCAGGCUUGCCCUUUGGCAGGAAGUCGGGGUUUUCUCCCCUGUGAAGAGAAGGAGGCGGCCCUGGGCUUCCAGACAAUCAGCUACUCAAAGGUGUCAGUCUGCUGCUCUCCGGCCUCAACUAUCAUCUGUUGACAAACUGUGAUGGCAGGUCACUGUUUUCUUCUUAUCAGAGACUUGUUUGUUGGCUUGUUCGUGAUUAGAGAACGCAGUGGCCUUUUCAAGUACUAUAGGAAUGAUGGAUAAGAGACAUGGCUGGCUUUGGAGUGCAGCAGGCCCCGAUCGUGCUCUCUAACACCGGGGCAGAGGAGCUACAGAGGAGUGAGGGGGUCUCUCCAGCCCCCACUUGACUUCGCCCUCCUGGCCUCCGCCGGGCCUCCGUCAGCGUCAUCUCAGCUGGCUUUCUUGCAUUCAUCCUUAUCUGCCUGACUGUCACACUAGGCCUAACUGAUUUUUAAUGAAAUUUAAGAAGUAAAUCAGGAACCCCUAAAUAUUAUUUUAUGUCCCCCUGACUCCCAAACACACCCAGCAACCAUGAGGAACACCAGGUCGAGCCUGCUGCUGGGCUGCUUGCUCCUCUGCUCCGCCUCCCUGCUCUACCUGGGCAUGAGCGGGAUAGAGUGCCCGCCCAAAAGCCAUCGGUACAGGUGGAUGGAGCUCCACCUGGGCUCAGCCAAUCAGAGCCUAUCCCUCACCGAACACUUCCCCGAAGACACACCGCUGAUCUUCAUCGGAGGCUUUCCCAGGAGCGGCACCACACUGAUGCGCGUCAUGCUGGAUGCCCACAGUGCCGUGCGGUGCGGGGAAGAGACCCGAGUGAUUCCCCGCCUCCUGGCCAUGCGAGCCACCUGGAGUCGCUCGGUUAAGGAGAGGAUACGAUUGGACGAAGCGGGUGUCACUGACCAGGUGUUGGAUUCAGCCGUGCGUGCGUUCCUGUUAGAGGUGAUAGUCGGCCAUGGGGAGCCUGCACCUCGCCUUUGCAACAAAGACCCGUUCACCUUGAAGUCACUCUCAUACCUGUCACGCAUCUUCCCUAAAGCCAAAUUCGUGCUCAUGCUACGAGACGGACGGGCAACCGUCCACUCCAUGAUUUCACGAAAGGUGACCAUCUCUGGCUUCGACCUGACCAGCUACAGGGACUGUCUGACCAAGUGGAGCAGUGCGGUGGAGACCAUGUUCAGCCAGUGCCAGGCAGCCGGGAAAGGCAGAUGUCUGCCCGUCCACUACGAACAGCUCGUCCUCCACCCAGAGGAGGAAAUGAGGAAGUUGCUUCACUUCCUAGACCUGCAAUGGGAUCCGUCAGUGCUGCACCACGAAGAGCUGAUUGGAAAGGCUGGCGGUGUGUCUCUGUCCAAGGUUGAGCGUUCGACGGACCAGGUGAUUAAGCCAGUGAACACAGACGCCCUCUCCAAGUGGGUGGGGCACAUUCCCUCUGAUGUGAUGAACGACAUGGCUGAAAUUGCCCCCAUGCUGGCUCGCCUUGGCUACGACCCUCACGCCAACCCCCCCAGCUACGGAAGACCAGAGUCCAUGGCGUCUCCCCUCAGCCACACACAGAAUUCGAAAACAGCAGAAACUCCACACGCCAGUUAAGCAAAGGAGGAAAUUGCUGUAAGCCCGGCCGGCUCAGCAGUACUUACACUUCGGAGGAAUAUUUUUAGUGUCCCAUGUGUAUUUUUGAAUUGUUUGUAAGACUUGAGUGCGGUGUUGUGUCUUUAGGAGGAGUGUGGAGGGAGGAGUGUUUUAAAAUACGGAUUUGUCAAGUGGUGUUGGGUUUAAAUCUCAGCUCUUAACACCGUAUGUGGACUACCUGCUCAGGGGAGUUCACUGCUUCUCACUCUCCAGCACUUCCUCCACGGUGAACGGACAGUAUUACAUUCCAUUGUGACGCAUCCUCACACUUUGUACCUAAAAUUACUUCCACAUGUCCGUAAGUUGUUAUGACUUCACCGAAAAUGUGAACGUGUCUUUCCACAAAUCUUUCACUUACUGAGAUUUCAGUCAGUAUCCAUCAAGCGUAAUGACUGUAUAUUUUUAAAGACGUAUGUUUAUUUUCUUAAUAAAUUAUUUUGGUGUUGAUCAUUCAUUCAGGAAUUUGAAAGUUGUCUAUUCUGAAUUGAGGAUUUGUAAUUGUUGUAUAUUGUUGACCAUGAAUAAAAAGCACCUAAAUGUCACCUUU